AUGGAAGUUCAACGUAAUUUGUUUGCAAGAUUAUCCGUUGCAGCCACAACUUAUCGCCAAGAACGUUUGAAGCGUCUUAGUAAUUUAACGGGAUGUAAAAUUAUACAAAAGAAUGGUCAACGAAUUCUACAAGCACACCCAUUGUUGCAAACUCUUCCCGAAAGUGGCUCCGAGAUUUUCGUCGCCAAAUUGCCGCCGCAUAUUCUUGAAGACGAAAUUUUACCUCUUUUUGAGUCUAUUGGACCAAUUUAUAAAAUGCGAUUGAUGUUGGAUUUUAAUGGGAAUAUCAGAGGAUAUGGAUUCAUUUCUUAUUAUUACCGAAGCGACGCCUAUGAUGCGGUAAGAUUAUUGAACGGAUCUAAAAUAUUUCCAGAAUAUGGUUCAAUCGUGGUCAGUAAAUCUGUUGAUAAUAGAACAUUAUUUAUUGGUCAUAUUCCCGAUCAUAUCACUAAAGAAGAUCUAUUAAAUGAUUUAAACAUGCGAUUAGAAGGUAUUUUUGAUAUAAUGUUAUACCCGUCGAGAAACCAACCAAAUUUAAAUCGCGGAUAUGCAUUCGUCAAAUUUGACUCUCACGAAAACGCUUCGAAAAGCAGAAAGAUAUUGCGUUCAAGAAUGGAUAAUAAUUUAGGGUCUAAUUUAGUGGUAGAAUGGGCGGAUCCAGAACCAGAUAUUCAUCCAACAAUUAUGCCACAGGUGAAGAAAUUAUUUAUCAGAAAUAUCGAUAUGAAUUUAUCGCGUCAUGAACUCUUAAAUCUUAUUCGACAGUAUGUUCCAAGCACACAUCUUGUAAAAGUUUAUACCAAGUAUGAUUAUGCAUUUGUACACUUUGUAACAAAAGAAUUUGCUGAAAAUGCUUUAAUAACUUUACAAGGUAGGAAAUUUGGAGAAAAGGUUAUUGAUGUGCAAUGGGCGCGACCUAAAAGUUAUAGUAAACCAUAUCCAAUGCCAAUCAAUUUUUGCAAAUCCGUUUCCCCAAAACUGCGCAAAGAAAUGGCUGCUUUAAAAAAAGAUCAAGUUAUUGGUGAAGCCCCGGGUCUCGGUUUCGGUGGUUCCCAUACUUUUCAAGUACAUAAGACUAAAUUGACGUUUGGGUCGUAA